AUGGAAAACCGCGAAAACAAGGUCUACGAUGAUCGUAGAGCUUCCAAAGCUCAGCGGAUAUUAGGGACCAAUCUGCCUCUUCUGGCGUCGCAGAGGGAAUGGGAGAAGCCACAAAAAAGCCGUCGAGAGAGUGUACAAACUUCGGGCCGUAGCUCGAAACAACGAAACCAAAAUUCAGCCUUUGCGGCGUUUCCGUCUCCGCGAGAUACCAUUGCUCCUCCUCCCAACCUUCGAGUACGAGCUUCGUCCCCUUUACUUGGCCACGACUACCGAUCACAAGAAUCAGCACCGUCAGCGCCGAAACCGUCCAAGAAAGUCCAUCAAUCCGGAUCCUCAUCAACCCUCUUCUCCUAUUUCAGCUCAAAGGAAUCGAACAAGUCUCCUUCGGUGGCGUCUCCUCCUAGUCCUCAACCAGCAAGCUUGCAGCCUCAUAUCCGCCAUGAACUCGGAUUCGACCCGAGGGUGACCUACAAACAACAAUCGCGCGGUAAGACAAGGGACCAGGAUGCAGAAAAAGAGGCCAAACGCAAGCUGCGCCCUUCGCGCCUGGAUCUGUCGAUACUUUUCCCGAAACCCCGCAAUGCUGCCCCGCCACUACUGUCUCCUCAUCGUAUGACGAAAUCACCAUCCCCGGCAUCCAGUGUGGUUUCAGACUAUCCGUCGGCGCGACUCGACCGCGAAUCAACAUUUCUAUCCCCGAAGAAGUUCGGCGAAUCUCUACCACCGCGGUCGCCUGGUAGUUACUGUGAUGGAAGCAAAUCGCACAAAGAGCAUUCCGACCUGCAGUCGAUUCCUGAAUCUAAAGACAGCGAUUGGUAUAAUCAGUCUCUGGAGCGGACUGUGGGGACGAGCGAGAUCGACAUAGCUUUGGAUAGGUACGCGGGCCGACGCUCACUGUUCAGCCGCUCCAGUGUCUACACCAACAGCCGAGACCAGCUGAGACAGGAACCCCCGCACACCACGGAAGGCGAAUAUAUACUUCGAAGGGAGCAAGCACCAGCAACAUCUCGACCGGAUGAUAUAUACUUGGUCGCGGCCAGGCAGCCAAAGAGCACCCCCCGUUAUCGCGCAUCGACUACCGAGUCUAGCAAGUCACGCGGCGGAAAGAGUUCAAUGAGCCGCCAGAGCAGCAAAAGCACUUUGAGAAACAAGGACUUGCAGAAUUCAAGUGUGCUUUGCCUUUCGUCAUCCGAGGAUGAAGAGGAGAAUGUGAAAGAGGAAGUCAAGCGGGAGUCAACUCGGCUUCCCAAAACCAUCCAUCGAGACCGCAUGGCGUCAACCCCUGAGAAUGAGGGGAUUGCUUCUACAGCGCGAGCCGUCCCUGCUGCAGCAAUAAAAAAGAUCGACCGAGUAUCGUCAAAUAGCAGCCAUGGCUCUUACUCCAAUACUCGCCAGCAGUCCAAUCAGAAGCACAUCUCACUUGAUUCGACGGGUGACAUGUCGACGACGGCUGGACGGAUGCCAACUUCGGCGCGCUCAAGCAAUAUUCCCAUCAUCGCCGAGCCCGACAUUUUGAGUCAAUUCCCACAACAACCUUCACGCACCCCUCAAGAACUGAAGGAAUUGAAUCGACGCAGCCGCCUCAUAGCUGUGACCCGUCAAGAGCAAGAUCUUCUGGAGGCUAUGCGCCAGCGAAAGGGCAAGAUCACACCAAGCAUCCUUCAGUUCAACGGCAACACCGCAGAAUCAGAUGGCAACUCUCUAGCAUCGGGUCCAUCUCAAGCCUCGUCUUGCGACGUCCACACGUCCUUUUUGCGUUUAAGCGCUGCAUUUCCGUCAGUACAGUCACAGAGAGACCAAGGUGCAAUUCACACGGACAGUGACAGUCCUCCCUCGCAAAGCUCGGGUUCUGAUACUGAACAGACAAAUGACAACCCUUUGGCCUUGUCACGGCUGAGUGCCGGCUAUACCGAAAGCCUGCCUUCGCCCGCUGCGAGCGUCGCCUCCCCUCUGACACCCACGCUUCCAAACAAUCGAUUUUCCUCCUUGCCCUCCGCCAAACCUCCACCCCGGGGCCUUCCUCCGGCCAUCCCGGAAAGCCAGAAGGUGCACGCCCGUCGGCGCACUGACAGCAGUGAAGCCAUCAUGAUUGAUGAUCGAGAUGGGCCACAGCGCAAGCAUGGUCUUCCAACCUGGGCCUAUGAAUUUGAUUGGGGGGAGGUCUAG